AGUUUGCACCGAGACUGGUGCGGAAGGCUGUUAUCCAAAUCUGUGAGUGACUGGGUUCACAUGCCAUGCUCGUGGUGAGGUCCGUAGGGCGAUUGAGAUAACUACACAUGGAGAUCCGCAGCCCACUAGCCGAAGAUGCCUGCUUUCAUUCGUCCAGCAACGAGGGCCGACGAGCCAGCGCUCUCCAGAAUCUGUCUUCUGACAGCCGAUGCUGGUGUCUCUGCUGAGGGUAUACAUGCUUACCCUGAGCUUCCUGGACUGAUCUAUGCUCUCCCCUACGUUAACCUCCCCGGUACCUGGGCAUUCCUCCUCGUUGAUAAGCCUCCUGAGGAUAGUGAGAACGAAGACGUGGUGGGAUAUUGUAUCGGUUCGCUCGACACUCGCAUCUUCGAAGCGGCGGCAUCUGAGAGAUGGUGGCCGCCCCUUCGCGCCCAGUUCGGGCCUCUCUUGGAACCCAACCAACGGGUAGAGCCCCCGCUCAAGCAGGCGGACCGCACGUACAUUAACACCAUUCUCAACUUCACCCCAGCAUCUGACGCUCAGAUCAAGUUCUCUCCUGCACAUUUACACAUAAACAUUUUGCCUUCACAUCAGAAUAAGGGGUAUGGAAAACAACUAAUUGGGAGGGUGAUACGAUAUUUGAAGGAGCAAGGCAUGGCAGGGGUAUGGUUACAGAUGGACUCCAGGAAUGUGAAGGCAGCGGGCUUCUACUCGAGACUUGGGUUCGGCCUUGUUGAGGGCACGCCUCCAACUGUAGUAGGAAUCACAGUCGAACAGUGGGAAGAGAAGUGGGGGGAAUUGGACAACGAGCCAUCUCAUUAGUAGUCUACGGUACUCGCCAAUGUCUGAUUCUUCGUUUUACCUGCUGGUAUCAUCACUCCGGUUCAGCUUGAACACCAAGUUACCCUCCUACACCACUUAUAUACCGGGUUGUCUUCAUGCGCUAUUG